AUGAAGCCGAUCACUGGGACGGUGCUUUCCUCGAAGGUGGUCUCGGUGAAGAAAGCUGCGUCUAUCAUGUCCCGUUUCGUGGCGUCGGCGACGGAAGCUCACCAGGACGUCGCGGGGUUCCUCAGGCGCACGUCGGAGGCCUCCGACGAGCUCGUGGAGUUCCACAGUUCUCUCUUGGCCGGGCAUGAGGAUUCCGGCAUCGGGCUUUUGGAGGAGGUAGGGAAGAAGGCGGAGGAGGAAGAGGAGACGAAGAAGGAGAAGAAGGAGAAGAAGAAGAAGAAGGAGAAGAAGGAGAAGAAGGAGAAGAAGGAGAAGGAGAAGAAGGAGAAGGAGAAGAAGGAGAAGGAGAAGAAGGAGAAGAAGGAGAAGAAGGAGAAGAAAGAGGAGGUGGCUGUAGAAGCAGUUCGGGAUCAGGACCAUGGGGAGAUUGAGGGCAGCGCUCGACCGUGUGAAGUGUAUGAAAACCAGGGAUAUGUGGAUGUUAUUGAUUCAAAGGUAGACGAGACGAGUAGAAAAAAGAAAAGCAGGCCUGGCAAGGGAAUAGAAGGCGCAGGAGAAAAUGUGGUUGAGACGUUAGGACACGAGAGCUAUGCCAGUGAGAAAAAGAGGAAGAAGAAGAAGAUUACAGAUGCGACGGAAGGGGUUGUGGGGGAAGAUAAUGGUGUGAGCAGCAGCGAGCGUAGGCAAAAGAAGAAGAGGAAGAAGGAAGAAGACGCGAAAUAG